CACCCGUUCACUCGUUUGUCUGUUUGUAUUUAUUUUUGUUCUUUUCUUUGUUGUUCUACACUAAUCGUUAAUGAUGCGAGUGAUUUGUAGCUAAACCGAUGAAUCUCAGAAGCCAAAGCUGAUUAACACGCACGAACAAUAAUCCUGCGACUCAUGUCAUUACCAUCAAGGUGUCUGUUGUUUUAACGGAACGGCGUUACUUCCUGUUGCACUGUAGAGGGUUGGGCAUGUGCCGAUCGAUAGACGAUAUAUAUCACGUUAUUCAACACGCACAAUAGUAUCUUUAAUAAUUAUCAUUCAGGAGGAGGCUGUGCAGGUGUAGAGAUAAGGUUCUCCUCUAAAGGGCCUUAGUUAGGAGAUUGUGAGAGCAGCAGGUGUGUGUCCCUCAGAGAAGGCAAUUCUCUUCUCUUGUUUUUCUUUUGAUUUCCUCUUAUUUUUGAUCUUUCUUUCUUUCUUUCUUUGGUUUUUUUAUUUGCUUUUCAUCAUUUUAUAAAAUUUUCUGUCUACGUUUUUCAUUUCUUCACUCUUUCUCUGUUUUGUUUUCUUUUUAUUUCUUUCUAUUGUUCCUUUUUCUUUCUGUUUAAAGAACCUGGCAGACAGAGUGUUGUAGUUCCAGUAGGGUCCUGAUUUGAUCCAAAUACCAUCAUUAAACGUUUAGGCGUUUAUUAUGAUAUGAAUUUGAUAUCGGCACAUGCCUAAUCAGAUGUGAACGAUCGAUGGAGUGUGUGUGUGUGUGUGUGUGUGUGUGUGUGUGUGUGUGUGUGUGUGUGUGUGUGUGUGUGUGCGCGUGUGUGCGCGUGUGUGUCUCCAGAGCCUCAUGGGAAGGCAGAGUGUUGCAGCAUGGCGAGAAUCUGUGAAACGUGAACCGUGUUUUGGACUUGAAUGAUUUUUUUUCCCGGCGAGGGUUUUUGUAUCCGGUUUAUCCUACUGAAGAGACUGCCUUAUUUUAUACGCUAUUUAUACAGCACAGCCCACUGUCUCACUGCAUUGGACACCUGUCUCACUGCGGUGGACACCUGUCUCACUGCAGUGGACAUCCGGACACGUUUGUAAUAACACACCGCUGUUACAGAACGCUGAGUAAAGCUCCAUAUUUUUGUAUAGACUCUGAAUUUUACACUGGAAAAAACACGAGCAGCAGCCGAGGAGGAAGAUGAGGAUGGUGAUGGGUCACGAUGACGAAGACGACGAUGAUGAUGAUGAAGCUACAUGGAUCUGUGUGACAUGUUAAAGGUGUAAAGCAAAAUUUUAUUCUGAAAUGCAGAAUAUAAAGGAGUUUUCUCUCA